AUGGAUGCUUUUCAGGGGUUUUUAAAAUUCAUCCUCAACCAGAAAACUGUCAUCGGCUACAGCUUCCUGGCUCUGCUGACCGUGGGGGGUGAGCGUCUCUUUUCACUCGUGGCUUUCAAGUGUCCCUGCGGCACUGAGAAUGUGAUCUACGGGCUGGCUUUCCUGUUUGCUCCCGCCUGGGUGUUACUGAUCCUGGGGUUCUUUCUGAACAACAGGUCAUGGAGACUCUUCACAGGCUGCUGUGUGAAUCCCAGGAAAAUCUUCCCCAGGGGCCACAACUGCCGCUUCUUCUCCGUCCUCGGGCAGAUCAUCCUGAGUUCAUUGGUGGCCCCCGUGAUGUGGCUGUCUGUGGCUUUGCUCAAUGGGACUUUUUAUGAAUGUGCAAUGAGCGGGACCCAAAGUCCAAGACUCCUCGAUCUGAUUUGCAAAGGCAAGCCUGAAGAGUGCUGGAAAGAACUUUACAAAGUAUCUUGCGGAAAAACCAGCAUGACCCCCACAGACAACGAAGAACUGAAAUUGUCGCUGCAAGCCCAGUCUCAGAUUCUAGGAUGGUUCCUGAUUUGUUCCGCAUCUUUCUUCUCUCUGCUCACCACGUGUUAUACUCGCUGCCGAUCUAAAGUUAGUUACCUUCAGCUGAGUUUUUGGAAGACGUAUGCACAGAAGGAGAAGGAGCAGUUGGAAAACACAUUCGUGGACUACGCCAAAAAGCUGAGUGAGAGAAACCUGAAAUGCUUCUUGGAAAACAAGAGGCCAGAUGUCUUCCCCAUGCCCACCUUUGCGGCCUGGGAGGCUGCUUCGGAGCUCCAUUCCUUCCACCAAAAUCGGCCACACUACAGCACCCUCCACAGGGUGGUAGAGGAUGGUCUGGACCUUCGCCCGGAGGAUGAGGAGACCACAAUGAUGCUUAUGGGUACCGCCCAAAACGUGCAGCUCACCCACCAUCACUGA